AUGAGCUCACAGGCUCAUGAACAGUCGCCGCUUGAGCGGUCAAAGGCUGGAUCGACUACACUGAGCCAGAAGUAUCAGACAGAUGUUGACAACCUCCUCACCAUCCAAAGCAUAGAAUACGAAAAGCGCAUCCUUGAUCUUGAAAAGACCCUACAAUCAGAAAAAGAGCGCACUGACAUUCUGACAAGCGAACUUUCGACUUGCAAGAAAGAAGCCAAAGACAAGAUUACGGAGGUGAAAGCCGAGUAUGCGUCGGAAAGACUCAAGUAUGGAGCAGUAAAGCUUGAACUCAAAAAGGCAGAGAAUGAGCUCGAGAAGGCGAAAUGUCGGCCCACAGGCCUUCAAGAAGACCUAGAUGCUGCCAGACAGCAAAAUCUUGACCUCCAGAAAGAGGCCGCAGCCGUCAAGCAUCAUCGGGCGGAACUCCUGAACGAACUUGCUGCUGUUAAGCAGCGUGAGAGCGACCUCCAUGCCAAGCUCGAAAGUGCCGACCAGCGUGUCUCCGCAAUCGAGACUGAUUUUGAUACUCUUCGGUUUGGCUUCAACCAGUUCAACGAGCGCAUGGCCGCCUCGAGAUCUUCCUCAAUGGAAAAUUCCACAAGAAAUCGACCUGCACAUGCGUCCUCUCCGUCCGUCAACCCACAGGAUAGCAUGCGGGACCGCGUGCAGGAGAAAAGCAUCGGGGCUCAGAUCCCUAGCCACCACUUCCAGGCUUCGACCGUUACUUCACACCCAGCAAACAAUUUGAACGACAAGGAGCCUGAUUUCUCCUUCUGCCAAUAUGUUUUGAAGCAAGUCAUGGAUCAGAAGCACCGGCAGUACAACCAACAUUUCUUCAAGCCUUUGGAUACCAUGAGUGCAAAGCUGGGCAAUGGCGAUUACAAUUCUUCUGAAUCCUUCAAGGCGGAUUUCCACCUUAUGAUCGCCAAUACCAGAAAGCUCAACGAGCCUGACAAUGUUAUGCGCACCGCUGGUGAGCAACUGCACAGGAUCUUUGAGGAGGCCUGGUCCGUACCUCGCAUCUCUAGCCACGAACCUCCUGGCAGAGCAAACUCCAAGAAACGAAACAGCACUCAGAAGCGCAAGGCCCAAACUGAGAGUCUUGUCUCGUCUAAGAACACACACGCUCCAAAGCGGCGUGCUCUGGCAACACCCGAGCACAUCUUUGACCAUGUUCACCUUGAGAGUCCCGGUUUCGCCUUGAGUUCCUCUAAGCAAUCCAAGAAAACUCCCAGUGGACCUGGAGAAGCUGAUACAUACUCUUUGAGAAGAAAAGUCACAUUCAGCAAGCGUUUCAAGAUCGAUGCCAACCCGGAGGUCAUACCUAAACUUGCUAGCCUCAUCAAGUCGCCGAGUACCCUCCCUGACGAUUGGCAGCCUUUGCUUCCGGGCGAGUAUCGCAUUAUGACUUUAGCCACAGGGUUUGUUGAUCUGGGAAGUCGAAUCAGAAAUUCAAGGAUCGACCCUAGCAGUGACACCAUUGUCUUCAGAUUGAUACCCGCGACCGAGGCUGACAAGCCAGAGUUCGAUCGCGUUCUCUCGUACCUCGUCAAAAGGGACCAAUACGCUGCUGUCAAAGAUGAAGGAGUCAACAACGUUCAGAACAUAUACCUCAUACCUUCAUCGAAACUGGACUCUGAUCACACUUUAUCGAUCUCCUUGGACCACGACCUUCGGCGCCCCGCUGGGACUGAGGCUGUGCUCUUCAUGCUAAUUGUGUUUGAUGUGGCGGAAGACAAGAAGAGACAGGUCCGACAGGCCUGGGAUGGCCUGAUCAAGGCUAUCAAGAAUCCUGACUUUGAAGGCUUUGCUGCCAUGCGCGACGUCCUCGUACACCAACCUCUUCCCUUCUUUGAUUCAGAUGAUGCGGUGUGGCGUGGUCGUGAUCAAAGGCCGUUUCGCAGCAACCUACCUUGUUCUCAGGCAAUCGCAGUCCCCAAGCUACUAGAAAGUGCUCAAGACAUAUUCCAUCUUUCUUACACUGAGCGGGAUCGAGAUUCGCCUUACAGCGUCGACGGUGUCAGCUUACCGAAAUGCGUCUGUGUUCUUGGAACGUGCAGCAUUCAGAGUAAGAAACCUAUUGUGCUUGUCUUUGACAUACAGCACAUGGACCGACCGCUCUGGGUCAUCCGAGAUCGCCGGUUGCAGCGGCUUCAUUUCGAUUUUACGCUGUUGAGAAGUAAAUUUCCUGGUUCCUUGGAUGAGUGGGAGAACACUAUGACCGCAGCACUCCGUGCAGACCAAUCCGCAAAAUGCCUGGAGUACAUUGAGAUGAAGAUAGAGCGCUGUGGAAACUCUAACUAG